CUCGUCAUGGAAUCGAUACAAAAAUUAGCAGAGCAGUGGCUCGCUGUGGAUAAUGUAACUCGGUCCAUUAUCCCCCCCCCCCCACUAGUUCGAUCCCGGUGAAACUGAUCAUUCCGCUUUGAUAGAACGACCAAACAAGGUCCGAGAUCAGCGCCCUGUUGCAGGGGAAUGACACCCAGGAACUGGAAAAACGCUUGAGGACUAGUGCAUGCCCAUUCCCGUGUCGAUCUCUACGUAUGCGCCGGGCUAAUCGGUGAGGAUUCAAGGGAUUGAGUUUGGCACAGCGGGCCUCCGGGCUCGCAUGGAGGCCGGGUUCUCUCGGAUGAACGAUGUGACGGUGAUUCAAGCUUCUCAAGGACUAGCGAGUUACAUAAAUUCUGAAUGUUCACAACCGAGCGUGGUGAUCGGCUAUGAUCACAGACACAAUAGUGAGCGGUUCGCGAAACUAACUGCCGCGGCCAUGUUACGAUGCGGAAUCAAGGCAAACUUUCUACAGUCCCGGUACAAGGAAAGACACGCGAGUGCUAAUUACCGUCGGGUGUUGUAGGUAUAUUACUACGACUCGCUUGUCCACACACCACUUAUUCCCUUCGGCGUCAGCUACUUCAAGGCGAGCGCCGGCGUGAUGAUCACGGCGUCGCAUAACCCAGCGCUGGACAACGGAUAUAAGGUCUAUUGGGGAAAUGGCUGCCAGAUAAUCCCGCCACAUGACAAGAAUAUAGCCCAGCGGAUCGAAGAGAACCUUGAGCCCAAGUGCUGGGAUGUGGGGCUGGUGGAUAGGGAUGAGCGUGUUGUUCGGCCGGUGAAGCGGGUGACGGAUGCGUACCUCGCUGCCCUGAGGGAAUUGGAAGUGGGACUUGGGCGUGGAGAGAACCAUCGGCUGCAAUUUGUAUAUACACCUAUGCAUGGCGUUGGACUAUCUUUCAUGUCGAGGAUUGCUGCUGAGAUGGGGCUGGGUGAUUCUAUGAUGCCCGUCUCGGAGCAGGUGAGCUUUAUCCCUGAUUUCCCGGAGCAUCACGGCACUGACCCUUGUGGGUAGGCAGCGCCGGACCCUAACUUCCCCACUGUCAGAUUCCCAAACCCGGAGGAGAAGGGAGCCAUGGACCUGGCGGUAGCUACCGCAGAACGCAUGGGGAUCCAUCUUGUUCUAGCGAGCGACCCUGACGCUGAUCGUUUUGCUGCCGCCGAAAAACUGCCGUCCGGAAAAUGGCACGUAUUCACCGGGAACCAAUUGGGUGUACUUUUUGCAGCGCAUGUUGUCGGUGCAUAUCGGGAGGAUGGGAAGGAUAUUUCGAAACUCUCGAUGCUAGCAUCAACUGUGUCCACACAGAUGUUGCACGCCAUGGCCGAUACAGAGGGUUUCUAUUAUAAUGAGACACUCACGGGAUUCAAAUGGCUCGGAAAUCGUGCCAUGGCCCUGGAGAAGAACGGCUACGAUGUCGCUUACGCGUUCGAGGAAGCAAUCGGUUAUAUGUUCUCGCCCAUAGUCCACGACAAAGACGGUAUUGCUGCCGCGAGUGUGUUCCUCACGAUGGCACGGCGAUGGGCAAAAGAGGGGUUCACCGUGUGUCAGAAGCUGGAACAACUCUACCAGAAAUAUGGGUACUUUGAGACUGCUAACUCGUAUUUUCUUUCCCCCGACCCGCUUAUUACGAAAGGAGUAUUUGCUGCCAUUCGCAAGCUAGGGGAUCCGUACCCGGCGAAGGUCGGUAAUCGGGAUAUAAUCAAGUGGAGAGAUUUGACCGUGGGAUACGAUUCUUCUGUCCGAAAUAGGGAACCCGAACUACCUGUCAGUAAAGAUUCGGAAAUGAUCACCGUGGAGUUGGAAAAUCGGGUUCGAUUCACUGUCCGAGCCUCCGGAACUGAACCCAAAAUUAAGAGUAAGACAACACUACACCAUGUUAAAAAUCACAUGCUCCGUCUUGUAAACUUUGACCCCCCGAGCCGCUAACAACGGUAUCCAGUGUACAUCGAAUGCAGGGCAUCAAGUUCAGAAAAAGCCAAGGCAGGAGCGCAAGAAGCAUCCGAAGCUUUGACCAAAGAGUGGUUUCGGCCAACGCAAACUGGACUUGAACUACCC